UCGAGCAAAAUGUGCGAUCGCAGUUGCGACGUAUGAACACGAGUGGUGCGAGGCAAAAACAAACUCCGACCGAGUAUUGUUUGCAGCUGGUUAGGUACUUGCCUUCGCUAUGAUAAACCGGAGCUGCACAAAUAUAAACAAGAAUUGUACAAUCAUAUUUAUAUCAUAUAAGUACAUAUUACAAUAUUCUUACAACCAGUAUGUGAUAUAAUAUUGUUGGUAUAUCCCAGAUAUUAUAACGUUGCGUUGACAUAUCCAAAUAAAUUUAGGUUUUUCAAAAUUUCCUGAGGAAUGGAGAUGGAAUUAAAUGCACCUUCUACAUUUCUGUGGAAUAAAACAAAAAUUUCUUGCAGAAUACAUCAGAGUAAUUGUGCUAAAAAUUUGUGGAAUUGUAUUAGGGAAAGGUACUCCAACAAGAUUCACUCAAAGUUGUGCUUACACAUAUUGUCUUUCUAGGAACAACGAUUAUGAGAACUUUCUGUGCACGCUAUUGCUUCCACGUGGUAUUAAAUCAACAGCGUUUGCUGUACGAGCAUUUAAUGUCGAAGUGGCACAAGUGGAGGAUCAAGUAAGGGACAGUAGGAUAGGCGCUAUGCGAUUACAGUUUUGGACAGACGCCCUGAACGGAAUUUAUAACGAUAAUCCGCCGAGGAGUCCCGUGGCGUUGGAGUUACACAGGAUCCUUCAACGGCACAAGCUAUCUAAACGCUAUUUCAAGCGCUUGAUUGACGCUCGCUUGAACAAACUAAACGGCUCGAUAUUCGUGGACCUGGAGUCGCUCGAGAGGUAUUGCGACUAUACCACAUCGUCGAUCUAUUAUUUGUUAUUAGAAGCACAGGGCACGGCGAGCGUCAACGCCGAUCACGCGGCCAGCCACUUCGGCAGGGCGUACGGCCUGGUCACCUUGAUACGUUCUGUGCCGUAUAACGCCCGGAAACGAGUAAUGGUAUUGCCGCAGGAUAUUCUGCUGAAAAACGGCGUUUCCUCCGAGUCCAUCUUUCAGGGACAGUCGAGCGCUGGAUUUCAAGACGCUGUACUCGAAGUCGCGUCUUGCGCUAAGCAGCAUCUGAAAGUGGCGACGUCGCUUAAAAAGAAGGCAGGGAAAGAUCUCAACGUGAUAUUUCUACCGACAGUCUGUGUGGAGAAUUAUUUAGAGAAACUAAGGAAAGCAGAUUUCGACGUUUUCCAUCCAACGCUACAGAAAAGAAACGGCAUUCUCCCGUUACAGUUACUGUGGAGAAAAAUAUGGUCUUAGGGUGACUUUGACCAAACUCCGAUUAAUGUAAUUAAAUGAUUGAUUGCAGAAUAUUGCUGCAAGAUUUCUAACUGUAUAAUUUUCGUUGUCCUUAAUUUAAUCUUUCUUUUCAUUAAACAAUAAAAAAGUUUAUUUUAUUCUAGCCCUGUUAAGAAUUAUAGAAUACUCGCACUAUUUUAUUAACAUAGUUAUUAAAUUUUUGUUUUUUGAAGUGAAACAAAAGAUUGGAUUGACAACCAACUAUACACAGUUAGAAAUUGUUUUAAGCAAUUCUGCCGAUUGAAAUUAAUUGCCAUAAUUAAGUUAAUGGGAGUUUGAUUGAAGUCGCCCUUAGUGAUUAAAGUUUGAGAUAUCGUUUAA